AUGAGCGAAGAAAAGGAGCCUUUUAAGCCCGUGCUUUUGAGGGAUACACAUGAGUUGGAGCUCCUUGAAUACUUUGCACAGCUUUCCUUCUUCACAGCAGAUUUACACAUCACAAGAGGAUGGAAGUUGUGCAGUUUAGAGCAAGAAGAAGCUUUCAAAGCAGAUUCAGCCAAGCUUGAUGGUUCAAUCGUCUCUUUUCUGAUGGAUUUGGACAAAAUGGAACCACCUCAGGCGUUUGAAAGCUGUCUAUCCUCCGGAAUACUCUCUGUCGAUUUCACGAAGCAGCUCUACGAAACCGGAACUAUCGCACCUCCUGUUGGUUUUAAGGGAAACCCAACUGGAACAUAUAAAAUGUUGUUAUUUAAGGUAGCACUGGGUAAGAUUUUAUCGCAUCUAGAUGGGCAUGACACGUUCUUGACUUCUCAAAUACCAGAGUCUUACGAUUCUAUUGAAUAUAAUACGAGCUCUGAACCGAGGUAUUAUAAUUCCCUAUAUCGCAUUCGAGAUCCAAAGCAAGCACUUUUGUAUGCAGUAAUUGAAAUUGAAUUUACUCCAGUGAGAAUAAAUGUACCGGAGCCUGUCUGUGACUUGUGUGAGACGGCACCCGCAAGAUGGUACUGUCAUUCUGAUAGGGCUAAUUUUUGCAACUCCUGUGAUACAAAAUACCAUUCGUCCACUCCAAUUUUUUCAAGACAUACAAGGGUGUCAUGUUCAAAGUCUCCAAACCAAUUUGGAUUAUGUGAAAGUCACCCAACAGAGAUGAUAGAUAAAGUAUGUGUCGAUUGUUCCUUGGCCCUUUGUAACAUUUGUACAACAUGUGGAAAACAUUCUGAUUCAUCUUUCUUUAAUCACACUUUAAUAACCACAACGGAUGCAUAUGACUAUUCUCUAAACAAGAAUUCAAAUAGCGACGAAACCUUGCUACAACGUACAAAUCUUAUCACAGGCAGAAUAAAAAAUAGGCAUAAUCUAUUAUCACAAAUUUAUGCCAAUUCCUUUUCUGUACAAACAAAGAUUGAAAAUGCAAGCAAACUCUUGGUCAAUCAAUUAAAUGUAAUGAAAGAUAAGAAGCUCAUGUAUCUAGAUGCAAUCAAGAGAGAGGCAAACACUGAGCUAUUAAUGAUAGACUGGAUUGAGUCUUUUCUGAAUCACUUGUUCCUGGCUUUGGGCCCAGCAGAUUUUGUGCAAUGUAAAAAACGCUAUGAUUUACUAAUAAAUAAGAUGUUUGGAGGGGAACUAAAGAUUAGUGGAGAUAUUUCAGAUAUGCCAAUAUGGAUGUCAAAAAAGCUUGUAUUGGUAGGUAACACGAAUAUUAAUUCGCUGUCUCUUGAACAAAUGAGAAUAAAAGAAGGAGGUCAGACAGAGCAAGUAAUAUCCGAUUGGACCCCUAUGAAUCUUUACAAGGACUGGGAAGAGACUAUAGGACAUCUGCACAGGGAAGAUGAUUCACAUUCUACAUUUAAAGGCGACCAUGCGUUAGGAGAAGAUCUUCUACAAGAUUCAUUAAACGGCGUACAUGAACAUGUUGAAGAUACUUUGGUGAAAAAACUGUGGCACUUACUUUCUGAUGGCAGGAUGGGGACCCUGUUAGAACUCAUUAGGGUCACCAAGCCGCCUGAAAAGGCCAUUUUAGUCAAGAAUAUAUGUGUAAUCGCAAACCAUUUCGAAGACAUGGAAAAUUUGUUUAUAUACGCAGUGAAGAACGCCUUGGAAACUCCCUAUGGAUACUAUAUACUUAUGAGAAGUUCGAAUUGUCUGUGUGAUAUUUUAACAUUUUUACUCCUUGAAAAUGCUGAGGAUACUGGGGAGUGGUUAGAGUACAUUUGUAAUACAAGUGGCAUGGAUAAAAAACAAUUUGAUGCAUCAGAGUUUGCUCAAGAAUCUUCUGUUGAAAUCGUAAAUAGACUGAUGAGCAUGGAUGUCAUUGAUAUGCCAAGCACACUUAGGUUUUUGAUAUACACACUUGCGGAUUUAGUUCCAAAACAUGCUGUUAAUUUGUGCGUUGACAUGAUGAUGGUCAUUUUGGCAGCACACGUUAGGAAUAGCAUGUAUGAAUACUCUAUAUUGGAAAAUUCUCGAAAUUUUAAAAUGGAGCUUUCCUUUGUGAUGGGAAGGAUUGGAAUAAUCCUAUGGGAACUCGAUGUGCACACGGAACUAUCCCUUGAAAUUACAUUAGCAGAACAGUGUAUAAAAUGGAUGGAAAAUAUACUCAAAAAACCUAGGAUCGUGUCAAAAAUGCACCUAAAACCCACAUCUCUUGCGUCAGCUACGAAAGAUGCUUGCAGAUCAAUCCUCAAAUCAAUCUCUAUAUUAGAGACGAAUUUUAAUCAGGGGAAGUUGGAAGUUUCUGCACAGGAAGCUCAUGAUUUAACAAACAAGUACAAUAUGUUAGAAUUGUUUGAGUUGGCACGAAAAGUAUAA